CCCGGAUGCGUCGGCAGUUGUAAAACAUGGCGCUUCAGUUCACGGACGCGGAUUUUAAGGAGGCUUGGAAGGAGCUGGACGAGCCUCAGCUCGAGGGAGGAUGGGAACUUUUCACAGAGAGCAUGGGCAUGAAAAUAUACCGACUUUACAACAAGGAAACAGGUCUUUAUGAGUAUAAAGUGCUCGGCACGCUGUCCAGCUGUUCUCCAGAGGUCUGUGCAGAUGUUUACAUGGAUCUGGACUACAGGAAGCAGUGGGACAGUUAUGUCAAAGAGCUACAUGAGAAAGACUAUGGUGGACAGAAAGCAGUUUACUGGGAGGUGAAAUAUCCCUUUCCCCUGUCCAACAGAGACUACGUGUACGUUCGGGAGCGCAGGGACUUGCUGGUGGACGGGAGGAAGAUCUGGAUGGUGCUGGCGAAGAGCUCGGACGUGUCUCAUUGCCCUGAGAAGUCAGGAGUGAUCAGGGUGAAGGACUACAAGCAGACUGUUGUCAUGGAGAGUGAUGGAGCCCAGGGCAUUAAAGUCUUCAUGAACUACUUUGACAAUCCAGGAGGUAACAUCCCAACGUGGCUCAUCAACUGGGCAGCGAAGACUGGAGUUCCAGGCUUUCUGAAGGACUUACAGGAUGCCUGCUCCAAAUACUCAAACCACUGCAAGAACAGGAAGUGAAGGGCACUUGUGACGUGACCUUGUUAACCCUUUCUCUCUCAGUCCACUCGUCUCCUCUCCAUCUUCAUCCCUCACACUGCUGCCUAAAGAAUGACUAGAAGAAUGUCAGCCUUCAUUAUUAUUAUUACACAGUCACAUGCAUCUGAAAUGCUUCCCGGUCUUUCUGUCUUUCAGAACUACAAAACAAAACCAGCUUGGCUCGUGCUUUGAUUAGUGGUGGUACGAAGAAUACCAGAAAAAUCCAGCAGUAAUUGUUUCUUUCCACUAGCAUUCUUAGCAUCAAGUGAAGGAUGAGAUCCGGCUCAAGUACAGGACUGUAAUUUGUAUACAAAUAAAAACAAAGAAAGACAGAAAACACACUGUGUCCCAAACACACUGCUGUACUUUGUCUGAAUACGUCCCCACUGACCAGCAUCAGCACCGGUGCCUUUUUUAUUCUAUCAUUUUAUUCUACACAUUUCCUGAUAUUUUCUCCAUUUAAACUAAAAAUAUAGCUGUAAUGCAGAGGCUCAUUCCCAUUAAUAUACAUACACACGCUACUUAAUUUACACAAUCAUAUGAAAAGUUCCACAAAAGCAUGAGCUGAUCAAUAAGUGCUGAGCGCAUGUGGAGCUGCUGCCCCUGCUGGCUGCAUGCGGUACUGCAGAAUAAUUCCCAACAUUCAAAGGCUAAAAUCUGUAUGCUGUUUUACGCUCCAUGCUGUUUGUCAACUCUGAACUAACUUUCUUUCUUUCUUUCUUUCUUUCUUUCUUUCUUUCUUUCUUUCUUUCUUUCUUUCUUUCUUUGAGAUUAAUCAAUAACGUUUUCUUACUUUUUAUUGAAAGCAUUCCAUGAUUGAUAGAAAUGAAAAUGAGACUGUGUGCACUUUAUCCAUGAGCCCAGUGGUUCCCUGGUGACGCCUUUAGCUUUUCUACAUACUGCUGAAAAACAUUGAUGCUGCACACGGUAGAACACUGUCUGGUUUUAAACGAAUUACUGUACGAUGAACGAUUAUUGUGUGUACUGAAUCUUGAUUUGUCUGAGAUGUAUUUAGGUUUUAUUUAAAGGAAAAGUUCAGGAACUGUCGAAUGUACAUGAUGUUCCAGUGAAUGUGGUUUCAUCAGCCGUGUGUUCAGACUUGUUUAACAUUUUGGAUUUUAGGGUUCAUUUUGCACUGGAGCCAUGAGGCUAGUGAAGCUUCAUUAAUUCAUCAUGUAGCUUCAUUAAUUCAUCAUUAAUCAUUAAUACAUAUCUGUAUGGAAAAGCAAUAUAUUUCAGAAUAUGUGUUUUAAAUGUAAAUAUUUCUGAAACCCACUUUCAAAUUUGGUCUCUUUUUUCAGCUACUAAGAUCCUUUAAGUAUCAAAUGAACAACUAAAGAAAAUUUGAAGAUUGUACCUAAUUUUUUUGUAUAUUUAACUUAGCCAAAGCUCAAUAUUUACAGCGAAUCAGGUUCCAUUCAGUAUCUCAGUGGUUCAGAUUGUGAAAAUAUUUACUUUAUUGUAAAAUUGAAGUCCUUCCUUUGCUCCUCAAAGAUCUAUUGUAAGAAAAGACAUUUUCUAUUUGAAAAUACAAUUUUAAAAUAUAUAAAUUAACAUGUUAAUAUAUACAAAAAUAUAUGUUUUGAAAUAUAUAAGCUUUUAUCAGAACACAUUUCUGCUCUGUCAUUUAUUUUAUUGUAUUUUUAAAUUGUUUUCCUCUUGACUACCUUUUGUAACGUGUGAACACUUUAAUCAGCUGUUGUGUGGUGUUUUAAUUUUCUGGGCUGUUUUUCUCUGAUUGCAAUAAAAUAAU